CCACGGCCCUCGUGCGUAAUCGCGCGAGAAUUCCGGAGUGCACGUCUUCUUUGUUCGCUGCACCUCUCUCUCGCCAUUCGUUCUCUUUUUCCCUCUCCUCGCCUCGCCAUCCCCUCACUCACUCUCUCCCUCCUUCCCUCUCUCUUUCCCACCUUCUCGCGAGCGCGCUCUCUUUCUCUCGGAUCUGACAGCUCCUGUCAAAACGGAACUCGCGCGAUCGGACAAAGGUAGCGGCGUGUAAAGUGAGCACCGUCAAUUACCCACUCACCAGCGCGGUGACGACUUUGCAUACUUUGUCACUUAGAUAAAUAUUCGUAAUUUGCUUGUCUUGUGACAUUCACGAGAUCGACGGCGAGAAGAUGUCAGUAUUGAAUCAAAGUGGCGAGGACGCGGUGGAGUGCCCCCUGUGCAUGGAGCCGUUGGAGGUGGACGAUCUGAAUUUCUACCCAUGCACCUGUGGAUAUCAGAUAUGCCGUUUUUGUUGGCACAGAAUUCGUACCGACGAGAAUGGCCUGUGUCCUGCGUGUCGAAAGGCCUACUCUGAAAAUCCGGCUGAUUUUAAACCCCUUACUAAGGAAGAAAUAGCAAGAUUGAAAGCUGAGAAGAGAUUGAAGGAUCAACAACGGAAGCAAAGAGUUACAGAAAAUCGGAAACAUCUAGCAAAUGUGAGAGUAGUACAAAAAAAUUUAGUGUUUGUAGUAGGAUUACCAAUGCGGCUGGCAGAUGCUGAUGUUUUAAAGAAACACGAAUAUUUUGGGAAAUUUGGGAAGAUACACAAAGUCGUAAUUAACCAGAGUACUUCCUACGCAGGGUCUCAAGGCCCCAGUGCUUCGGCUUAUGUUACUUAUCAACGUCAAGAGGAUGCGCUACGUGCUAUAGAGGCUGUGAAUAACAUUGUUGUGGACGGACGGACAAUAAAAACUUCAUUAGGAACGACGAAGUACUGUUCGCACUUUAUGCGUAAUCAAGCCUGUCCGAAGCCAGAUUGCAUGUACCUGCAUGAUCUCGGGGACCAGGAGGCAUCAUUUACGAAGGAGGAGAUGCAUCAGGGAAAACAUCAGGAGUACGAGCGAAAACUCGUGCAAUCGUUACAUGCACACGCGUCUUCAGUUCAACGGAAACCGACACCAUCACCACCUGUAACGGGCAGUAUUGUUAGGGAAAGUGGAACUGUAAAUUCUCAAACUAAAGAAGCAUGGCCGUCGUUGCAACCGGGACAGACCAAUAAUACACAAACCAAUUGUAAAGAAAUAUCACCACCUGCGCAAACAACUUCACAGCACAGUAGCAACGCGACAAGCGGAAGCGGCACGGUAGCUCAACAAAGUCAUAUGUCCUCCGGAGUGUCUACACAUCAGCAGAACAACAACAACAAGGGUGAAAGUGGUGUAGGGGUACGGCGGGGUAAAAGUAAUAGCGAAAGUAAAGCGCAAGCGGCUCGGAACAAACAUAAAAAUAGUCAAAACAAAGAGAAGCAUGGUACUCGUACGACAUCGCGAUCUGAAUCAAGCUCAAUCAAUACGCAAAGUGGUUUGCAGUCACAAAUCACCGGACAAAAGGACGUUAGAAACUUUUCCGCUGAUACGAACAGUGAAAUGUUGCAAAAAUUGGGUAGUAAGUGUAAAAUGGAGCAGCAGCAACAACAACAACAGCAACAACAGCAGCAGCAGCAACAGUCACAGUCGCAACAAAUUAGCAACAAAACAUCAAAAUUAGUUCAAUUACAGUCUCAUGAAGUUAACGUAAAUGGUGCAUUUCAAAACGGAGAGCGUCGGCAUUCGGACAGUGAAACAGAUCAGCAGCGUGAAGGUAGCACGCCAGCGAGCACGAUUUCAAGUACGGAAGAUUCGAACAUCAAUCUUCAAGCCGAACAUUUGGCUGAAUUGAGCGAGGAAAUCAGUGGUGCCAUUUUUCUGGGUUCGUCUCCAGCUAGCACAAAUUCAUCACAAGGUGCCAAUCAACUACCACCACCUGGAUUACACAAUGGAUCUCAAAUGCAACUCAAUCAUCGAUCGAUCUUUCAGGCGGACAAUAACAGUUUUUUCAGUUCGGUUACCUUUCAGAAAAUACCGACUACCACCUCGUUGCCACCAAAUUCUGUCGCAGCAAAUACAAAUCUGGAUUGGACGAGUACGGGAGUUGCUACGAUACCCGAUUCCCUACCGAUAGUUCAUUCUAGCGAAGAUUGGCAGGCUGCUUUUGGCUUCCAGCCUGAAUCAUCUCGAACGAAUCACAUUAUAUCAAAAUCCAGCCCGACCGAUUCACCAAGAGUAACGUUCAACUCUGAAGGUUUUGUAGAUGAGGAAGUUUAUAUAAAUGCACCUUACACUGCUACGCUCACAGAAUCAUCAUCUGGUACCUUCACAACUAACUUACUUGUAAAUUCAUCCACAUCUAAGUUUAUGACAGACUUUCAACAGAAUUCUCUACAACAAAGGCUUAAUAUACAGGCACAACAAAAUCAAGAAAAUUGCGAGUACAUAAAACAGAAUGGUCACGCUACAAUGGAGGAAGUUCGGAAUCACUGUGAUGGAGGCUCAGACGUGAAAGCGGACGACGAUUUAGGUUUUGAUCCUUUCCACGAAACACAGAAAGCAUUAGCAGAACUUUUGGAGGACGAAAUGCAGGUACAACAACAGAAGAUAUUCCAGCAACAGCAGCAACAGAGAGAACGGGAAGAGCAAACCAGGGUGCAGCAUCAACAAACUCUCGCGAGCCUUAAUCAACCACAUUUUCCACAAGCAGAAUCAAAAUGGGAAAAAUUGUCUGGAUUCCAGGUUGCGCACAUAACACAUUUACAGCAAGCUCAGCACCUACAAAAUCUACAGGUGCUCCAAUCGCAUUCCCUCUUGUCUCGUCUUCCGCAAAAUUUGUUAUCGAGUGGCGCUCAGAGCCCAGCGCAGGGUACUGUGACGGCCACAAGUUUAGGACAACGCAGUCGACUCCCACCACCAGGUUUUCCUGGUUCUACGCCAAACCAUAUGAAUUCGUUUGGUCUCGGUAUACCACGACCAGCGCCAACGAAUAGCGCUCUCUCUGGUGCACAACCACCUCAACAGAGUGCGUAUCUUCCCAAUGGAAGCCCGCUUCUCAACACACAAAACAUCGGCAAGUGCACAAGUGAUGCGGUUUAUACUUUGAAAGAUUGGUGUGAGAUUAAUAAUCAACAGCAGCAGCAACAACAGCAACAGCAGUUUCACCAUCAAGCGUUGCACCAGAAAUGGAGCAAUUUUGGACCUAAUGCAGAUUGGACUUCAAUUGAUCCAGCUAUAGUUACUUCAUCUAGACCUCUUCCAUUCCAAACUACCAACGCUUGGCAAUUUUCCCACAUUUAUCCUCACGUUGUAACUCAUAAUGCGCAACAGGAACAGAACGCACCCGCUCAACAUUGGGCAAUGCAACCGCCGCCUGGUUUCGCUGCAACCACAACCACAGGACAGCUGAACAAUCCACAGCCGACCACGACCGUACAACCGCAUACCAAGCUCAUCUCUGCAGGAUCAGAAAUCGAAAGUAAGUUGAUCGCGAUCAAGCUCCGUGCAAACUAAAUAUCAAGAAAAAAAAAAACAAAGAUACCUUAUAAAAUGCGCGGUAUCUCGAGAUAUAUAGGCCGUCUAUAUUGCAGACCUAUAAGUCUAAUGCGUGAGGCGAACGAGUCGAGGCGUCAUAAUGUUUCCGGACGUGGCAAGAUCAAAUCCAGCAAAUGAAAGAAACAAAAAAAAGUUACGACAGUCGAUAAUGUACGUUUUCCUAAAUGCUUCUGUAUCUCAACGUUUUAUUUCAAAUCUCCAUUUAUUUGUGCGAGUAUUCAUUUGAUGAAGUAUCGGAAUAAAAUAUAAGUUAUUGCGUAUUCCUCGAUGUAAGCGAACGAUUAUACGUCAAUAUAUCUUUCUCACGAUAUUAUCAUUUCUGAAUUAUAGCAAAAUUUGUCAUAUUUAAGUCUGACUAUCGUUAUAAGCGAAGUUUAUGUAGGAUAUGAAAUAUUAAACGGAUAAACAAAUGAUUAAGAUAUCAAGAAACAUUCAUGUUCACAAGUGCAUUUUCCUUUUUUAAUUUUUAUUAUCAAAGCACUAUUUUCUUCGAAAAAUAUUAAAAGUGAAAUUUAAUAUUCUGUAUUUAUAAGUCUCAUGAGAUUUUAACAAAAAUACAAAGAACUGUAUGUUAGAAAGCAAACGUAAUGAAACUUCCGUAUUGUUUGAUUUAAAAUAUCAAAGUUAAUUGUUUUAAAUUUUGAAAACUUUGUUAUUACAUCUAAAACUUUUAUUGUUAUGUCAGAAAGCAUUGUUAUAUAUGUAUAUGUAUAUAUGUAUGUAUAUGUACCUAAUAGUGUACAGUACUACGAAUCGUCUUAUACAUUUUGCCAUUUUUUAUUUUUUUUAUUGCGUUGAAAUGUAAUCGAUACAUUUGAUCCAAUCUUCAGAAAAGCUAGAGUUCUUUUAUCAUUGAGCGAUAUAGAAUAUGAUUUAACUAUUAUAAUGUGAAAUAACGUGGAGUUUUAUUAUCUUUGCACAUACGUAAAUUUUCACCCGUUACUGAGUGCAUCACUGGCGUGCGUCAUCACAUAUUGUGAUACUACGUGGUGCUUAAACUCGAACCUGUGGGUCUGUUAUUGAAAGAAAAAGAAAAACCUAAGGAAUAGGAUUUCGUAAUUUAAUUUUGAUAAUUAUUUUAACGAAUAUUUUGAGUUGUAAAUCAAAUCAAUUAAACAUAUACAGAUUAAGGAUUAUCUGUACUAACCGAGAGAAUAAUGAUAUUUCCAAUCUUGUGGCAAGAUCGAUAUCAACGUAUCGAUAUUGCUUAAGGAAAACUACAGAUGGCUGUUCGGUAAAAAAUUAACGAUGAUGUAUUUUAUUUACGAAUGCGGAGCGAAAGAAAGAAAAGAGAGGCAAGGAAAAUAUUAAUACACGAUGUACGAUAAAGGAUGAGCGAGAGAAACGUCUGAGCGAUAUACUACGAUGUUUACACGAUGCGAAUUACGUCGAACGAGAAGAGUUAUUCCCAGGGCAGAUGAUUCAUCGAAAGUAUCGCUGCCUUUUUAAAGGUGAAUAACGAAAGAACGUCACAUACACAAGAGAACGAAUGAGAUAAUAAAAGUAUAAUUAUUAUAAAAUUUAAUUCAAUAAGAUAAUCGAGAAAUAUACGAUAAUGCGCAAUGAAA